ACUGGCCCAGCGUUCAGGGAGCGGCCGGACUCCGACGCGGCGCUCGGGGACGCCGCGGCGGGCAGUGUUGCACUGCCAACGCCUGCCGAGCUGGACGCGGACGCGGCGCUCGAACCGGUGCUCGAGCACGUCGAUGCGCACGCCGCUGUUGCGCUUGACUCCGUAGAGCUGAGCACAGACGCGGUGCUCGGCUCGGGCGCCGAAGCGGUGCUCGAGCGCGCCGCGGUGGAUAACGUCGCACUGCCUGCACCUGCAGCGCUGGACACCGACGCAGCCCACCUCGCGCAGGACUCCGCGAUGCGCCUCGACUCCGCAGAGCCG